AUGGCCCGCACUGGCUUCUUCCACCACAUCGGCAGCUUCUUGCUGUUCGCCGCCACCAUCCUGCUGCUGGUCACGACCAUCUCGGCACCCGUCGUCGACAACAUCUCCUUGCUCAAGGUCGACCUGGCCAACGGCACCAGCGAACACCAGUCCGCCAUCACCUUUGGCACGUUCGGCUACUGCACCAUCCACACCGCCGACGGCCACAAUGUCUGCUCGCCCCGCAAGAUUGGCUACAACCCUGCUGCGGUUAUCCACGAUGACGAGCACUUCUCCAACGCCUCGGAAGACUCCACCAAGGCCCUGACCCGUGUCAUGGUCUUGCACCCCAUUGCCACGGGCGUUGCCUUUAUUGCGUUCCUGCUGGCUGUCGGCGCCGGUGUCAUCGGCUCGUUCCUUGGCGCGCUCGUCUCACUCGUCGCGUUUCUCAUCACCGUUAUUGUCCUGAUUACCGACUUUGUGCUCUUCCACAUUGUCAAGAAGCACGUCAACGACGACCUCCGGGGCGCCUCGGCCAAGUACGGUGUCGGUCUCUGGCUGAUCCUGGCCGCCGCCAUCGCCCUGCUGCUCGGCACCCUGGUUGUCUUCUUCACGUGCUGCAGCGCCCGUCUGCACCGCUCGCGCAAUCACUCGAACAAGGUCGACCCAGCCUACGUUGCGCAGCCCCGCCGCCGCCGCUUCUUCUAA